GGGACUCGAACCCACGACUGAUUCGAACCAGCUAGCCGACACCAGCAAGCUCGGUGGUUAAGUGGUUAAGACGUCUGCUUGCAGGAGUGAACACUGCGAUUGCACCUGUUGGCGGAUAAAGAAAACUUUUCAACAGUUCUGCGGCACUGUGUAUGGAGUCUGAUUUUCUUUGUUCUACUUGUGUACUUUCUUUUCCAAAACAUUUCUUUCGGGGGUCGGGAAAAAAGCCCAGAGAACUCUGGAGAGUCUGUGAUUGGCUGCACAAUACACUCUUAUCAACACCUCAAGAAGAAAAGGGCACGGUGCACUUCCUCUAUCUCUCAAUUCAAAACAAGGAACUUUAUUAUUUUUGGCAGUUCGUACUUUCACUUCACUUUUAUUGAGUCGUGAGGAAAUAUUUUGUUCCUUGGCAGCACAACAUACCUUGAUGAGCUGAUGCUCUUUUCAUUUCAAAUGUGCAAUUUGAACUAAAUCAGACAAAGAGUUUGUUGCCACGGUCAGCUUAGGUUGAGGGCUACACGCUUGUCACUCCGUACAAACUGCGCACUUCGGCGAAAAAAAUGGCUGACCCGUCUCGGAAAAGCGCUGUGCAAGAGCGGCAUAUUCGAUUUCCGCAUGAUCGGUGUUAACACGACCGCAAAGAGUUACUCUAAAAUUCCGAAGGCUCAUGUCUUUUAAAACACAUCAUAUUUACUCUCUACAUCCUACUACAAGUCAAUAGUUAUAAAACCAACAUACUCAUCUUGAAUUCAUUGCGUUUUUGCAGUAACACUGUGCAAAGCGUUGAUAUUCCUGGCCAUGUUAUACCAGUUAGUGGUACGGCUCAAGACCUCGGUUUAAUCUUUAACAAAAUUUGGAACUUGAAGGAUCAUGUGACAAACACAGCCCAUACGGUCAUGUUGACACUGAUAUAAAUGAGGAUCAGAGCCAAUGAAUUUAAUCUGUAGUCUACACUUAAAGGAAUGGACAUGUACUUGUACCAAGGUAAGGGAAAAAGGACACAUUAUAAAUGAGGUACGCUAUGUUAGCUAUUGUCCGUGGUGAGAGGGGAGGUUCCUCCACUGGUUGAAUCUUAAUCUUGACUUUGCCAGACAUUACAAAACGUCGGAAGCCACGAGCUUUCUUCUGUGUUGAUCGGACGAUCUUGAAUAGUGACCUUCAGCCCACGACAAGUGGCUAGUGACAAACGGAUGGGAACUGACUAGCUGACCAGCACCCAGGUUGCCUGCCGAGGGUUGUGGCGCUAGCGGGAGUUUUGCUUCACCCGAGUCCUGGCAGACAGACAGUGGGUCAGCGAUGGUAAGUCCCAGCACAGCCCAGACAACACCAGACAGAGUACGACGUGGGACUGCCAGUGAAGGCUGGCUGUCAGGAGAACUUGUAUUAUCAGUGAGAGAAGAGUGUCCAUUGCCCCAGGAGAUCGAAGGUCUGGUACGUGGUCAGGAUGAGGCUUGCCAGGUGUGUACGUGUGCGCCAACAAAGAAAGUGGAUUGUAAAGGAAAAGGUUUGGAGUCUGUGCCACUUGGAAUACCGAGGAAUACAGCACAGUUAGAUCUCGGAUAUAAUAGUCUGACGAGAAUUGAAAGGAGCACCUUCGUGAACCUCACCAAACUUUUGAUACUAGAUCUCGGAUAUAAUAGUCUGACGAGAAUUGAAAGGAGCAGCUUUGUGAACCUCAACAAACUUUGGAUACUGAAGUUACGUAGCAAUAAAAUAUCGACGAUUGAGUCGGGAGGCUUCAUUGGGCUUUCAAGCUUUCUGAAUUUGCAGCUAGACAACAAUGACCUAGAGAAGUUCGAUGCAGACAUUUUGUAUGACAUCGGUGGAGGACUUCUCUGUGAAAUUCAGCUCUCCUCUAACAAGUUGAAGAGCUUGAGCCCUCUAACAUUCAGUGGACUUGCAACACCUUCGAUAAUUGCCGUUAGCAAUAAUAGUAUCGAAAAGAUUCCACCACGGUUGAUAUAUCAGAGAAACAAAGAGCUCAUCUUGCAUAUAAUGGACUUUAGCAGUAACCGAAUCCAGAGCGUGGCAACUGACGCAUUUGAAGGAGUAAAAUAUAUAAGUGAAUUAUAUCUUUCCUCGAACAGCAUAGCAUAUCUCCCCGAAACUGUUUUUAUCAAUACAACGAUAGGGAGAACUUUGGACUUGUCUUCAAAUUUGCUCAAAACUAUUCCACGUGGUCUGCGGUAUUUGAGAAGACUGCGUAAUUUGUACAUCCUUAGUAAUAGCUUGUCGGUGCUCUCGAUGGAGAUGUUCGACGGGAUGCAAUCUUUGGAAGAAUUGAUCAUCUCGGGCAAUCCAAUCACCAAACUGGAUGACAGGGUUUUCUCUGACACUCAGCUUGUCAACCUGUACAUUUACAACACCCACCUGAGGUCAAUUGACGGCAGGCCCUUUGUAACAAGAAACAAUUCCAUAAUAUUUGUGGCAAUGUAUGGAAACAGCAUCGAAAGCAUCUCGGAUUCUGUUUGGCAAGAUAUGGGAAUGAAUUGCAGAGUAUUCGUAGGCCCUACUUUACGAAGAGCUCCUCACACAAGAUCCGACCUCGAAAUUGGCUUCGCUGGAAGUGGAUUCGUCCAGUCAGUUACCGUUUCAAAAGCUACAAGCAAAGCCUUAGGAUAUUCUGGAUUUAGCUGUUCAAAAUUGACCCAUUUCAAGAGGAAUUGCACACCAUGUCUCCAAGGUACCUACGGUGGCCCUUUUAGGACAUGCAGGGCCUGUUCACCUGGAGGUUUUUUUCAAAAUCGGACUGGACAAUUCAUAAAAACAGAAGUUGGCAUGAACUGCCUUUCAUGCAACAACGGCACUUACGUUACACCGGAGACUCACCCUGGAAGAAAUAUCGGCGAUUGUGUGGUUUGUCCAUCAGGCACGGAUAAAAGUCGCCACGCUGGAUUUCGCGCGUGCCCUUGUGUAUCCAAUUACUACCGCCGAGACCGGUUUGGUGAAUGCUUCCCUUGCCCCUUGGAAGGCGUCAACUGCUCAGGAGAAUACCAACACCUCCUUCCUGGAUUCUGGUGGACUUGGGAUUGGAAUUCAACAGAUAAUUUCCAAUCCUACAACAACUUUGUGAAGAAUAUUCUCAUGGAGAACGACUACUACAACAGAUUUACUCGCAAGUUCCACGGAGUUCUUCCUAAAGCUCACCCAUGCCCGAGGAACAAAUCGUGUCUAAAUCUAGGUGUAGGAAUAAAUGCGACCUGCCAACAUGGUUAUGAAGAUUUCUUGUGUUCUCAGUGCAUAACAGGUUACUAUUCUUGGCUUGGACAAUGUUUUAAAUGCCCGAGGUGGUGGGUGUUUCUUCUUGAAGUCCUUGCGUCAAUUAUUGUCAUUAUUGUAGUGGUCCUCGUUGUUGCGUGGGACCUUCGGAGGCAUCGCCAAAGAGGCCGCUCCGUGGUCAGUGUGCUAUUCUCACGAUUUAAAAUUUUGCUUGGCUUCUAUCAGAUCCUAGGCGAGAUCUUCGACGCACUUCAUGACCUUCCCUGGCCAAGGUCGCUUAUAAAGUUUGGUUCAUUCUGCAAAGUGUUGGAGGUGAACAUCAUGCAGCUGAUCGUGAGUCCUCGCUGUUACUUCCCAAACUUCACCUACCCAACAAUUUACUUAGAGUUUAUAGCUGGUCUGAGCUUUUCAGUUCUCGUCAUUAUGUUGGCGUUGAGUGCUUACAACCUUAAACGAUUUUAUUUACACCUUAAGGAAACACCACGUGAUGUUUGCAACGAUGUGCUGACUAAAAUGAAACAAAAUUGCUACCUGGCCGUUGUAAUUCUGCUCUUUAUUACGUACCCAAGCCUGUCAAGUGCCAUCCUGGCCCUUCUGCCAUCUGGAUGUGAUGAAUUCUACCUGGAUGAAGCUGAAAAAGUCAAAGUUCUUCUUCUUCGAUCAAACUACUCCAUUGACUGUGAGACAGAUCAACAUUUAAUGUAUAACUACGCCGCCGAGGCCUCCUUGUGCUACAUUGUUGGUUUUCCGUCAGUGUUGCUGAUUACGCUGUGGAUGAGUCGUCGGCGGAGAAUGAAGAAUGAGAGUGAUCCUUCUUACAUGUUAGGGUCAAUAAAUUACCUAGAUCAAAUGUCACUGUUCGUUGCAGAUAACACGGCUGAUCAGGAUGCCGGGGCUCAAGUUAAUGAGAUCCCACCCGAUGAUUUUUCCGGUAUGGGUUCUCCAGAUGACACACACAGUUUGAAUGAUGCUGCAACAAGCAACAAUCAACCCUUGCUCAUUCCAUCGAUUACCUCUCCAGCUGGAAGCAUUACUUGGGAAACAUUCCUGUGUGAAAAUUACAAAGAAAAGUUCUGGUAUUGGGAAAUCGUAGAGCUUGCGCGCAAAAUCUUCCAAGUCCUCUUCGUUCUAUUGUUCGGUGCCGAGGAUCACUUCACCCUCUUCGCGACCAUUGUUCUCUCUGUUGGCUUUCUCGUCAUCCAUGCCUAUGUGAAACCAAUGAAGCAUGCUGCUGAACAUCGCCUGCAGAUGUGCUCCCUGGCAAGCAUCUGUCUGAAUCUGUUGACAGCUUCACUGUUGUUGUUGCCUAAUGAGGGAGCUUUCACCAGCGAAACGAGGAAGGAGGUUUUAGCAGUAUUUCUGGUUCUGCUCAAUCUCACCCUCGUUGCUUUUGUGGCAGGGAGCGCGAUUUGGACAUUUUUAAAGAUGAUUUUUAAGACUGCGUGUUGCCGUCGUGCUGUCUUGUCCACCACUCACGUCUACCGCCUGCUCCGGCCACCCCAACAGUACUCCACACAGAGACGAUGCCCCAGUCUUGAUACCAACGGCGAGAGGCAAGCUUUGUUAAGCGAUUGAAUGGAAGCCCUGAUCAUUCGUGAACGAAAGGACGGCGUGAUUGGCUUGGUGAACGGAGCGGAACUGGCAAACAGGUUUUGCUCCUGUGCCACUAUUGUCAGAGAGUACUUUGGUUUAAUCUCAGUAACUUUUAGUUGAAUUUAUAUACAUAUGUAUUUGUUUUGUUUUUGCUUGUUUUGUUGCUUUUUUGGGGGGAAUGGGGUUCUCUUUAGUCUAGUUUGGAAAACUUCAAAAAUUGUUGGAUGUGUUUUUACGGUUAUCCAAUCUCUCACUUGCACGCUGUCACACACACAAACAAAUUCUGUUGCAUAGGUGAUUACGAAAUUUCUACCUUCAAUCAUCCCGCAAAAGACGUGUGUUUAGUAGUGUAUGGGUUUUAACUGCAGUGUUAUCUAAUUGUGCAGUGCUUGUAACUAUUAUGUACACUUAGUAAUAGUUAUGUUAUGUUUAUGGUACCAUGCACCGGGGGUUGCUACAGAGUCUGGGUUUGGUCACGUUUUGCACGCGCAGUUUAAUUAGAUUAACUAGCCUGCGUAAAGGGGUACCGAUAUUUUGCUGCAGUUUGCAUUUUUUGAGCGGGUGGCAGAUUCCUCUCGAAAGAACUCUGUGUCCUAGACCUGAUAUUUGAUAAAUAUUUCAAGUAUAUAAUAAAGGUUGCCACUGAGUCUCCAAAACAUUUGCAAGUGAUGAUGUUUAACCUUUUAUGGGCAGGUUCGCACUUGGCACUCCUGCCUUUAAUCAAGUACAAGUUUUCACUUUGAUGAUAUUAAUCACAUAGUAGAGGGCCACAAGUUGUGUUUAAGGUCAUGUUAACAUUGUAUUGCUAAGAUAUAACACAAAGACAUUAAUAUCGUUUAAUACACACAUUUAAUGUAACCUUUAAUGAAAAAAAAAGAAAUGUGUGUUUUGCGGUUAAAUUGUUAUAUGCAAAAUACAUUGACAGUCGAAUGAGAUGAUUACUAUAAUCUAUUAGGUUUAAGCUAAAGGUACGUGUAUAGUUGAAGAGAACAUACAUGUGAAUAGAGAACACCUCUGCACUGUUUAUCGUCCAAGGGAAAUCUAAAGACGAGGUUGAACUUGAUGCUGUAUAUGAUACAGAUUAAGAGUUACUAGAUGUGGUUGCUUGCCACCUUUUGAACAAAGAACGUUCGGAUUCAUUGCCGACUGUGUUGUGAUUCAAAAUGCUUUGUUUCAUUUUGUAUUUGAAGAUUCGUAUUAUUGAGCUCGUUUACUGCUUGUUACCGUUAGUGUUUUUGGUGAGUUUUUCUUAUACCAUUUUUGUUGUCGGCCAAAAAUUUACAUGCUGUACAUACAACAAAAUUUGUGGUGGGAAUUAUAUGCCUGCUGAGAAAAUUUGCAGGAGUAAAGACUGAGCGGCAGGAUUUUUGUCCUGUUAACCAGAGCCAAAGCUGGAUCCAGAACAAUAUUUUCGGAGGCGGGAUAAAAUUGGGGGGGGGGUUCCAAACUGUGCAAUUUAGUUUUACUCUCCUAGAUUUUCUAUCGAAGGAGGCAAUAUUUGGCGGCAUCUCUUCUCGUUUAAAGCGAGAAACAGAAAUGAAACAAUCACUAAAAACCUUUUCUCUUCAUGUUUCAUGUUUAAAAUUCUCCUUUUGGGGCCUAGCACCCUUGCUCCACCCUCAUUUUUCUGAAGUUAGAGGUUGAUGUUGUCACACGUUUUAGUCGCUUAGGCAAGUAAAGAAAGAAAGUCGGGACUGUGGAGACGAUUAGACAGAGUGCCUAAACCCGCAGUUCAGAUUGUGGUCACCAGCGCCUUAUCCGGUACGAUUUUGAAGAGAGAGUAAAUGUAGACGCCUUUUAUUCCACUACGAGUAGCCGAAAUUAAUGCUAGCUAUUUGUUUAGAAUGUAAAUUCACAGGACUUACAAACAAAUUUCCUUGACUGUUUCUGAUGUAUUGAUUUAAUGCAAUAUAUACAG